AUGGAGGGGAAAAGUGACGGGGUGAAACCUUUGGAUCAUCGUUCUCCUGGGAAUGAAGAUAAUACACCACCGGUUCGUGGGAUUGGGUUACAAGUAACAAAUAUUGAGGGUAAUCCUAUGUUGCCAAGACGUGGUAUGUAUUCUACAAGUAAUGUAUCGGUGAUAGAUGGGUUGUUUGAGAUUUCGAAGCCUGUGGAAUUGGAUGCUACGUGGGGAUAUGGAGGUGGAUUUACGGCUGCCAAGAUGGAUUCCCAUGCAAUCCCUAGUUCGAGUAAUGUGGUGAAGGACAUACCCAACUUAUCUUAUGCGGACAAGGUUAAAAUGCAAACAUCGCUGAAAAGAGAGGUUAACUUCCGUAAGUUGGAUGCUACAGAGACGGUUCAGGAUGCUGAUGUGCUUAUUCCUCGUGAGGUAAUUAAAAAGGUCCAGGACAAAUUUGAGAAUGUUUUGUAUGGCUAUUGUUUGGGCAAUCGAUUACCUUUUCCUGUUGUGGAUUAUUAUGCGAAAAAUGCGUGGGCUAAGCAUGGUUUCUCUAAAAUUAUGAUGAAUAAGGAUGGUUUCUUUUUCUUUAAGUUUGAUACAAAAGGGGGCAUGGCUAAAGUCUUGGAAGGGGGACCAUGGUUGAUCAGGAAAGUGUCGUUGUUUUUGAAUGUCUGGUCUCCAGAUGUCAGUUUAAGAAAAGAGGGUAUUAAGUCGAUCCCAGUAUGGGUUAAGAUGUAUAACGUUCCGAUUGCUAUUUAUACGGAUGAUGGCUUGAGUUUGUUGGCUUCUAAGAUAGGAACCCCGAAAAGGUUAGAUGGGUAUACGGCGGAUAUUUGUGCGGAUAACUGGGGAAUGAGCAGUUUUCCAAGGGCUCUAAUUGAAAUAGAUGCGGAGAAUGAACUAAAAGAUCAUAUCAUUGUUGCUAUUCCGAAACUGGAGGGAGAGGGAUACAUCACAGAAAAGGUGAAAGUGGAGUAUGAAUGGCAGCCACAGAGAUGCUCUUUGUGUUGUAUUUUUGGCCACAACGAUCAGACAUGUGCCAAGAAAGUUAAUAAUAAAGCUAAACAAGCGGUUGUGGAUAAGGAGGGGUUUACUAUUGAUAAGAGGAAGGUGGCGAGAGUGGGUAUGAUGCAGAAAAGACAAAAGCAGAAAUUUAUCUACAAACCUAAGAUGAAUAAGUCAGGAGCAAGUGCCUCUGGCACUAAGGAGGAUACUUCGGAUAAUAGCAAAAAUGCUAAUGUGAAAACUGGUAAUGCGUUUGAAGCUUUGGCAAGUAACGAUUUGGAAGAGACUAUAGCCGUUAUCGGGUUGAAUAAGGAGCUGAGGCAGAAUUUAAAAAAUGGGAAUGGGAAGCCCACUCGAUCUGAGAAUGAGGUAGAGGAAACCUUACAGACGGAAAUGGCCGCAUUCAUGAAAGCUGACCAGAGUCAUGUUUCUGAGGGGGUAAGCACUCCCGGACAAGCAGAAUCACAUGUGAAUGUGACGAAGCUAGGAACCAUCUGUAAUAGUGUCUUUCGGAAUUGGAACUGGACGUCUAAUGGGGGUUUAUGUAGUAGGGGCACCCGAAUAAUUUUGGGUUGGGAUUCUGAUGUGGUGGAUCUUAUGGUGCUUGCUCAAACUGAUCAAGUUAUUCAUACGCAGAUGCUGGAUAAGACUCAUAAAAAAGUUUUAUUCUGCUCUUUUGUGUACGCAGAAAAUAAGUAUCAAGAUCGCAGAAGUCUCUCGGAGAGUUUACGUAAUCAUAAAAGCUUAUGUCAUGAUAAACCAUGGGUUGUUAUGGGGGAUUUUAAUGCUACUCUUCAGCUUGAGGAUUCUCUCUAUGGAACAUCUCAACAAACGAUAAGCAUGUGUGAGUUUAAAGAUUGUGUUCAGUUUUUGGAGUUGUUGGAUAUUCAGGGGCACGAUCUUCAGUUUACUUGGAACCAAAAACCAAAAGAUGGAGUGUCGGAGCUUAGGAAAAAGCUGGAUGAGAUUCAAGUUCUUGUUGACAAGAGUCCGUUGGAUGGCAAUCUCCGUCAAUUUGAAGCGACAUGUCUUCAAGAGUUUCAGUCUGCUGCUUAUGAUGAGGAAUGUUUCUUCAAACAAAAGUCAAAAGUUGAAUGGUUAUGUGCUAGAGACUCUAAUACGAAAUAUUUCCACAAUGUGGUGAAAAGCCGUAAUGCGAGAAACAAAAUUCAUAGUGUUAAAGAUACUUCGGGGAUCCGUCAUGAAGGUAGUAGGGUUGCGGCUGCUCUAGUCAAUCACUACUCCAACUUUCUUGGUGUUGAGGACCAGGUAACUUCCAUUAAUUUGGAUAGUAUUUUUGUUAAUGUCCUUAGCCAUGAAGAUGCUUCUAAUAUGGUUCGACAAGUUACUAGAGAGGAAGUCAAAGCGGCUAUGUUUAACAUUGGUGAAAAUAAAGCCCCGGGUCCUGAUGGGUAUACGUCAGCUUUUUUCAAGAAGGCUUGGGAUAUUAUCGGUAAUGAAGUUACGGAUGCGGUUCUUGAUUUUUUUGAUAAUGGGAAACUCCUCAAGCAAUUAAAUCACACGAUCCUAGCUUUGAUUCCUAAGAAAGACAUUCCGGACUCUGUUUUGGAUUAUCGACCUAUUUCAUGUUGUAACGUGCUCUAUAAAUGUAUUAGCAAGAUAAUCACGGAUAGGAUUAAAGGGAGUUUGGGGGCUCUUGUCAGCAUUAAUCAGUCAGCCUUUGUGCCGGGAAGGAAAAUCUCAGAUAAUAUUCUCCUAACUCAGGAGCUGAUGCACAACUAUCACUUGAAUAGAGGCCCUGCGAGAUGUGCUUUUAAAAUAGAAAUUCAGAAAGCAUAUGAUACGGUUAGUUGGUCUUUUUUGAAAGCUAUCCUUAUUCGUUUUGGAUUCAAUCAUCGUAUGGUUCAGUGGAUUAUGAUGUGUGUUUCCACGGCUUCCUACUCAUUGUCUGUUAAUGGUGACCUUCAUGGUUUUUUCAAGGGGAAGAGGGGGUUGAGACACGGCGAUCCAAUGUCGCCUUAUUUAUUUACCCUUAUCAUGGAAGUGCUAUCUCUAUUACUGCAACAGGCGGCUGACUUAAACUCGUCAUUUAAAUUCCAUCAUCAGUGUGCUAAGCAGAGAAUUAUCAACGUAUCCUUUGCGGACGAUUUGUUUAUGUUUGUCCAUGCUGACAUUUGCUCGGUGAAGAAGGUUAGAGAUGCUUUGGAAAUGUUUACUAGUUGGUCAGGGUUAGUACCGAGCCCAACCAAGAGUACGGCCUAUUUUUCAAAUGUGCCUUCUUUGGUGAAGCAACAGAUUCUUUCGUUGAUGUCUUUCCAAGAAGGUAAUCUUCCGGUUAGAUAUCUUGGGGUGCCUCUUAUAUCCACAAAACUUAUUUUUAAAGAUUGUAAAAUCUUGAUUGAUCGUAUGGCGAGCAAAAUCAUGAGCUGGAUUUCUAAGUCUUUGUCUUUUGCGGGCCGCCUUCAACUCAUAAGCUCCGUAUUAUCUUCAAUGCAUAUCUACUGGGCUUCAGUUUUUAUCCUCCCUACUCGGGUAAUUUCUGAGUUGGAAAAGAGGAUGCGUCGUUUUUUAUGGAAUGCUGGUUCUUCUGGCAGAAUUCGUGCCAAAGUUGCUUGGUCCGAUGUUUGUUUGCCAAAGAAUGAGGGAGGCUUAGGUAUUCGAAAUGUUGGGGAUGUUAAUAAGGCUCUCAUGACAAACCACAUAUGGAGUAUUAUUACUCACAGAGAGUCUCUUUGGGUUCGGUGGAUCCAUUCGUACAAGCUAAAGGGUAGAAGUUUUUGGGAGGUUCCGUGCAGGGGUAGGGUGAGCUGGGGAUGGCGUAAAAUCUUAUCCAUCCGAAAUUUGGUUCGUCCUUACAUGGGUAUGUCUAUCAGAAGUGGUGUUCAGACUAAUGCAUGGUGUGAUAACUGGUGCCCCUUGAGUCCGAUCAGUACUUUCAUCACGCCGAGAACCAUCACUAAUGUGGGUUUCAAUAUGCACUCUACAGUUGCUGAUAUAGUUGAUGCUUCGGGCCAAUGGCGAUGGCCGGCGGCUUAG